GCCUACUUGCCACUGCGAAAGAGAGUGGGGUGGAAAGUUGAGGUGCCCGAUAUGUAUGUUAAUUGUGUUAGGUUCUUACCUCAUUUAUUGUUUAAAUCUUGUUUGAAAUGAUUCCACAUUCUUUUCGUCGCAUUAAAAAACAGUAAAUGUGAAGUGUGACUGUUGACUUCGUCUUGAGAUGUCUGUUCAUUCAGAGCGUUUGACAACUGACCUGAGGAGCUGAAGGUGUUCAUUUUGUAGAAUUACAGCCUCAGUUCACGCAGGAGCGGGAUGGUGUGUGGUGCAAGACACUUUAGUCGCGCGGGAUGAAUGAAGAAGAGCUGCUGCGAAGAGCGGCAGAAGAGAGGGCACUUAUUGUUAGCCGUUAUAGUCGUGGUAGAGAAGACGGAGCUCAAAUUGACCCCUGGGAGGAUCCAGGAUAUGAGAUUUACCAUACCACUGAUCGCUAUGGUUUCAUACAUGAUGAACGGCUGCCUCAAAAGGCAGAUCCUCACACGUUACGCUUACGGCAGGUGGAGAUGGAGAGAGUGAAGAAGUGGCUCAAAAUGCUUAAUAACUGGGGAAGCAUGUCCACAUCGGAGAAACUGCGUCGUCGAAUUUAUAAGGGGAUUCCAAAUUCACUGCGCGGAGAAGCCUGGAGUAAACUGCUGAGCCUGGAAACAAUCAGAGAAGAACAACAGGGGAAGUAUGAGGAAAUGUGUCAGCUGGCCUGGCGUUGGUCCCCAGACAUCCGCCAGAUAGAUCUUGAUGUGAACCGAACUUACCGUGAUCACAUCAUGUUCCGUGAUCGUUACGGACUCAAGCAGCAGGCGCUUUUCAAUGUUCUAGCAGCAUACAGUGUGUACAAUCUAGACAUAGGCUAUUGCCAAGGCAUGUCUCAGAUUGCAGCCCUCCUUCUCAUGUAUCUCAAUGAAGAAGAUGCUUUCUGGGCACUCUCCGUGCUUGUCUCUGAUAAGAAAUACAGCAUGCAUGGAUUUUUUAUCCCUGGUUUUCCCAAGCUCCUGCGAUAUCAAGAACAUCAUGACAAAAUUAUGAACAAGUUCCUUCCAAAACUGAAGAAGCAUUUGGACCGUAACGGUGUAGACACAGGAAUCUACACAUUGAAGUGGUUCUUUCAGUGCUUCUUGGACAGAAUUCCCUUUACGUUAACUCUCCGCGUGUGGGACGUGUAUUUAUUGGAGGGGGAGCGGAUACUCACAGGGAUGGCUUACAAUUUGCUCAAGAUGCAUCGCCGCACCCUUUCACGUCUCGGUAUGGAUGAAAUUCUUCAGUAUUUACAGGUGCGUUUGGAACAUGACUUUGGAUUUGAUGAUGACACUGCAAUUAUGAACUUAGAAAAAGCACUUGAGGAAUUGAAACGUGCAAAAUUGGAUUAUCCGGGUCCGCCUCCACAGCAUGAGUUGCCACGACAUCCAUUUGGACUUUUUACCGAGCCAACAUUUGAGCGUAAAGUAGGUCGACGUACAAGUGAGUUUAGUGAUGCUGAGAGGGCCACAAGAGAAAGUGUGGUUCUGAGGAGGGAUGCUGCCAUCACAGAACCGUCAGCCCCAACUGCAGGCAGCAAUGGCCACCAGAGGGACUCCAGGAUAUCCGUUGAAGGAGAUACAACUAACUUACAUGCUGAGAAGGAUUAUGGCACAUGUAACACACAGAAGGGAUCCAAAUUCUCAUUUGACCCAAGUAUAGAUGAUGCAAGUUCACUGUUGGACUGUCAUCACAGCAGUUCAAGAAGGUCUUUAGCGGACACCAGCAUCACUUCCACUGCGGAUCUCUCCGUGUUCUCCACAGCAACUCGCUCACAAGCUCUUGACAAUAGCUUGGACACUCACAGUAACGCAUCGGAUGGAAGCGCAGGUGGGGCCAGUUCUGGUGGCUCCGGUGUAGGCCAUCCCGGCAGCAUACAGCGAGGUCCAUCAGCUCACUCAACUCCACGUGCCACCCCUCAUGCUCCGAGUCCAGACAUCGUAAGGAUAUAUGUUCCAUACGCAUCGUCAUCUCCUACUCCAACUCCGUCUCCCCAGAAUGGUGAUGUUCCCCGAUCUCUGCCUCAUCUGCUUCCAGAUCGGAACAAAAUCCGGAUUCGCAUUGACACUCAGGAAGAUCAGACCCCAAUUGUUGAACACGGACAGCUUAUCAGACCCUUCCACAUUGAUACUCCAGAAAUAGACUUGAAAUAGGAAUCAUGAGCAGUGUGCAUUGGUGGUAGUUUGCGUUGGUGCAAUGGAAUACAUGCAAACUGGCCUAUUCCAUGCUAUGACCUUAGCCAAAUUUGUAAUCCAGGAGGUCCAGACAUUUUGUUCCCACAGGCCUACAUAUAGGGCAGUGAAAUUUUGCAGAAUUUCUUCUACUGGAAGGAAGCCUUGACUUUGAAUGGGUUUUGUGAAUUGAAUUUAUUUGUUACUGUGCACUAAUUAAUGUUACUCACAAUGUAACGUGUGUUUGUGUGUGUGAAUGCUUGUUUGAAAGUAAGAGGAGUUUACUUAACAGACUUCAUAACAACAUUUAGUCUCUUCUUCUAAAAUCUUCCAUUCCAUAUUAAUUAAUGCUCUCAUUCCAUGUUGACUUGAAUAACCUCACAAUGUGUUUCAAAUUUUUUAGUUGUUCAGAGGUCAAGCAACAUACAUGUCGUACCUUUAUUUUUUUUUUCAAAAAGGAUAUUAAUAAUAAAAUUACAUGAUAUUACUUCCAGAUAGUUGACAUACUGUCUAGAAUCUUAAAAGAGUGUUACAUGACUAUUUUCUGAAUGAUUGUAUACUUAAUCAUACCUGCCAAAUCUUUCCCAAGUUUCAUUUUUAUUUAUAUGUGUAUUAUACUUAUUAGCAAAUUCUGUGUCACAGUUGUGUUGUAGUGAGAGAUGUGAUUUUGUUUCUUGGUUUUACAACUGAAGAACAAGAUUCAGUAAUUGUCUAGACUGGUCUGUUCUUUAUAAAUAUUGAGCCAGUUAACAAAGCAAUGAAAAAUAAAAUUUCAUUUGUUUAUACUUAGUGGUGUUCAAACUUGUGAACAAAUAAUGUGUCCAGGAUGGGACAAUGAAGAUACUAAUAUUUUUAUGUCAGUUGUUCGAACAUUUCUUGAAAAACUUUUGGCUCCUGUGAAAGAUCUUUUCAGUUCUGAGCAGAAAGAAUUCAGCAAUAAUGUAUGAAGAAACUAGGUUUUUAAGUCGCUGACUACGAGGGUCCAAACUGGGAGAAAUAUGUUUGGGUUGCAUAUUGUCAGCAGUUGAGAGAACAUGCAGGUCUAUUCAUGAAAACCAUUGCAGUGAAAUACAUAACUCAUCAUCAUAUUACUUUUGUUAACCAUUAUUAAUACUUGAGUAUUUACUUUUGAAAAGAUUUGACUGUGGUUACUUCUCCUUCCUGUAGAAAUUCAAAGGGCAAACAUGUUAAGUUGUGAGGUGUAAGACUCCCACAGUGGUGACUAUGAUAUGGGAUGUGAUGCUACGUAGUCUGUUUACUGAUAUUUUCAAGGAAAACAGUACCUCCAUCUUCUGGCAUACUCAAUGAUACUGAAGAUGGAGGUAGCAUAUUCUUCCAAAAUGUCGGUAAACGUUACCAGAUUACAUGGCGUCACCUCCCAGAAGAUAAUACUCGUCUCGUCAAAUUGUAUUUAUUCUAACAGGAACCCUUGUUCUUUCUUAUUUGUUACAGAAUAUAGCUUGUUUUCUCACCUCUUUUCGUUUCUUUGUGUUGUACAAAAGAAUUUAAGGUGCAUACAUACAUUGACAAUUCAGCAUCUCUGUAAGCCAGCAGGUUAUGUUUCUGUUGGAAGAAGUAGCCAAAACAUUGGAAAAAGGGUAAGGUGAUGUUGAAAGAACUGUAGGUGGAGUUACUGUGAAGUCUGUCUAUGUUGGUCACUCGUGGUUCCAGUCAGAUCUGGCCAAUUUACAUGCAAGUAGUGUUACAGUUUCUCAUUUUAGUGACUCAUUGUUAACUCUUAAGUUUUUUACUUUUGCCACAGUUAUAAACUCUAUGGCUGUCUCUUUUUUGUGUCUGAGCCCCUCAUACAUGGGCCGACUGCAUGCUGAAAUCAAAUUAGUGGAUAUGAAAUAAACGUGAAAGAUGUUUUUCUGUCAUGAAUUGUAAUCAACAAUAAGAAGUGAAAAACACAGUAGGUCUAAUGGUAAAUUGAAUAACAAGAGAAUUCAUCAUUCAGUGAACUGUUAACUGCUGAUCAUAACAGGUACAUAAAAGGGACAGGAUUGAGAUAGUUUCAUUUGUACAGAGUAGGGCAAAAAUCAAUCAUGUAUUUGUUCCCAACAUGGCAUGAAAUGCAGUAAGGUGAACAAAAUAUAAGGUAGAAGAGUGUUGCUCUGGCCACCAGGUGGCCGACUUGCAGAGAUUUCACUACAAAUUACAUUUUGAAAUUAAUUAUUUCUAACACAGUGCAAUAAAAUGGAUGGACAUUACAGUACCUUAGUGUUCCAGCGAAAGGGCAGAAGUUUUGAUCUGCAUGCUAUAAACAUGGAGUACAGUGUGUUUCACAAAUUUUGCCACAUCCAUAUUAGUACAGUCUGCCAUUAUGGUCGCCUGUGGUAAUGAAGUUGGCAGAACUGCUGAUUUAGUUUGAAGUUGCUAGAUACUUAAAGACUUUAAAUGAUAAAUGUCACAGCAGUCUUUCCAACAACAAUUAUACUCAUUUGUAAGAGUCUGAGAAAGGAUUUAAUAUGUGUAUAGAUGUAACAGAUGCUGUGCCCCAAAUGAAUUCAUUGAUUUAGGCAUAUCUUUUUUUACCAUUGUGCAGUACUUGAUAUUUUGUGAGAUCUGAAUUUUUCUGUGACAGUUACUAUGAUCAUUUCUGUUUUCUGGGAUUGACACCUUGUGGUCUGGUAAAUACUUGCC